CCCCAGCUGCCCUUGAAGUCACCACGAUGUGGUCCCUACCAGCUGCCCUCUCCCUGCUCAUGCUGCUCCUGCUCCUGCUCCAGGCCCCUCCUUGCAGGCUACAGUCACUGGGCACCACGAAGCUACGGCUGGUGGGCCCAGGGAGCAGGCCAGAGGAGGGCCGCCUGGAGGUGCUGUACCAGGGCCAGUGGGGCACUGUGUGUGACGAUGACUUCGCUCUCCAGGAGGCCACGGUGGCCUGCCGCCAACUGGGCUUUGAAACAGCCUUGACCUGGGCCCACAGUGCCAAGUAUGGCCAAGGGGAGGGACCCAUCUGGCUGGACAAUGUGCGCUGUAUGGGCACAGAGAGCUCCCUGGACCAGUGCAUGUCCAACGGCUGGGGUGUCAGUGACUGCAGUCACUCGGAGGACAUUGGGGUGGUGUGUCACCCCCAGCGCCAGCGUGGCUAUCUUUCUGAGAGGGUCUCCAAUGCCCUUGGACCCCAGGGCCGGCGGCUGGAGGAGGUGCGGCUCAAGCCCAUUCUCGCCAGCACCAAGCGGCAUAGUCUGGUGACCGAAGGAGCAGUGGAGGUGAGGUACGAGGGACACUGGCGGCAGGUGUGUGACCAGGGCUGGACCAGGAACAACAGCAAGGUGGUGUGUGGGAUGCUGGGCUUCCCCAGCGAGGCACCUGUCAACAGUCACUACUACAGGAAAAUCUGGAAUUUGAAGAUGAAGGACCCCAAGUCUAGGCUGAAGAGCCUGACACAGAAGAAUUCCUUCUGGAUCCACCAGGUCAACUGCCUGGGGACAGAGCCCCACAUGGCCAACUGCCAGGUGCAGGUGGCUCCAGCACGGGGCAAGCUGCAUCCAGCCUGCCCGGGUGGCAUGCACGCUGUGGUCAGCUGUGUGGCAGGGCCCCGCUUCCGCCCUGCGAAGGCAAAGCCUGGGCGCAAGGAAUCCUGGGCAGAGCAGGAGCCGAAGGUGCGCCUCCGCUCUGGGGCCCAGGUGGGUGAAGGCCGGGUGGAGGUGCUCAGGAACCACCAGUGGGGUACAGUCUGUGACCACGGAUGGAACCUCAUCUCCGCCAGCAUUGUGUGUCGUCAGCUUGGCUUUGGCUCUGCUCGGGAGGCCCUCUUUGGGGCGCAGCUGGGCCAAGGACUGGGGCCCAUCCACCUGAGUGAGGUGCGCUGCCGGGGGUAUGAGCGGACCCUCAGUGACUGCCCCUCCCUGGAAGGGUCCCAGAAUGGUUGUCAACACGAGAAUGAUGCCGCCGUCAGGUGCAACGUCCCUAACAUGGGCUUCCAGAAUCAGGUGCGCCUGGCCGGUGGGCGCAGCCCUGAGGAGGGUGUGGUGGAGGUGCAGGUAGAGGUGAACGGAGUCCAGCGCUGGGGGGCCGUAUGCAGCGAUCACUGGGGGCUCAGCGAAGCCAUGGUGGCCUGCCGACAGCUCGGCCUGGGUUUUGCCAGCCACGCAAUCAAGGACACCUGGUACUGGCAGGGGACGCCGGGGGCCGGAGAGGUGGUGAUGAGCGGCGUGCGCUGCUCAGGCACAGAGCUUGCCCUGCAGCAGUGCUCGCGGCACGGGCCGGUGCACUGCUCCCACGGUGCGGGGCGCUUCUCGGCCGGAGUUUCCUGCACAGACAGUGCUCCGGACCUUGUGAUGAAUGCCCAGCUGGUGCAGGAGACGGCUUACUUGGAGGACCGCCCGCUCAGCCAGCUGUACUGUGCCCACGAAGAGAACUGCCUGUCCCAGUCUGCCGACCUCAUGGACUGGCCCUACGGGCACCGGCGCCUCUUGCGCUUCUCCUCACAGAUCUACAACCUGGGCCGGGCUGACUUCCGUCCCAAGACAGGCCGCCACAGCUGGAUUUGGCACCAGUGCCACAGGCACUACCACAGCAUUGAGGUCUUCACCCACUAUGACCUACUCACUCUCAAUGGCUCCAAGGUGGCUGAGGGGCACAAGGCCAGCUUCUGCCUGGAGGACACAAAUUGCCCCACAGGACUGCAGAAGCGCUAUGCGUGUGCCAACUUUGGGGAGCAGGGAGUGACUGUCGGCUGCUGGGACACCUACCGGCAUGACAUUGAUUGCCAGUGGGUGGACAUCACAGAUGUGGGCCCUGGGAAUUAUAUCUUCCAGGUGGUUGUGAACCCCAAAUACGAGGUGGCAGAGUCUGAUUUCUCUAACAACAUGAUGCGGUGCCGCUGCAAGUAUGACGGGCACCGGGUCUGGCUGCACAACUGCCACACAGGAGAUUCUUACCGAGCUAAUGCAGAGCUCUCCCUGGAGCAGGAGCAGCGUCUCAGGAACAACCUCAUUUGAGGCCAUCACUGCACACUUCCGGCUGCUGCCCACACACCAGAUACCUCAGCUUAUUGGAGCCAUGCCCUUCACAGAGCCCUAACUCAGAAGGAAAGGGGCCAGUGCCAAGUGGCACCAAGAACUGCUCAGGAAGCCCUUCGAUGGCAAGAUCAUCAAACGAAAAUGGUAC